UAAAUAUUAAACAUCAAGAAAUACAAGUAAAUAAAUUUACUCAUAAUAAUCAUCAAUCGUCUUGAUGAAGCAGUAAAUUACAAUUCUGUGGGAAAAAUGCUACACUCUGUAUCACUAAGUUACAUAUCAACUUUAUAAAUCUCUUUUGACAAACUCGAUUGUUUGAAUGUCAAAUUUGAUUUUUUUUCUUCACCAUUCUCAUAGAGGAAGAACUCAAUACUCCUGCAAUGGAUGACCACAAAACUCCUAUAGAAGAAGAAUUUAAAACUUUUAUAAUUGAAGAUCAUAAAACUCUUCAAAAAGUAUUAAUAUUUAUUUAUUAAAACUAAUUAAUGAAAAAAAAAAGGGAUGAUCACUGAUCUAAAAAUGACCGGUAGUAGGCUAAAAUAUGAAAUUUUGAUAAAAAAAUAAGAAAGAAGAAAAAAAAAAAAGAAAGGCGGCUAGGGUUCAAAGAAAUUAUUAAUACGAGUAGGAAACAAUCUAAAUUUUCAUGUGAUAAAAAAUAUUCAUCAACCAAACCAAAUUUGAAUUUUCAAUCCAAGAAAACAAAAACAAUGUAAUUAAAAAAAAUUAUGAAGUGGUGAAUACAUUGUUGGUGCACCCACCAAAGCAAAUUGGUUAUAGAAAACAAAGAUUGGAAAGAAAGUGAGAAUCUCCUUUGACUCAAAAUCACUUUUGCAUUAUUAUUAUUAUUCAUUGUGUCGUAUUGUAUUGUAUAGGAAACAUCAUUUCUCACGUGUGUGUAUAUAAAAUCAUUAUUAUUUAAUAUUUAGUAGAUAAUAGUAUUGAAGAAGACUGAUCGGCUAGCUCUUCUUCAACAUACAACUAAUAUGGGUAAAUUCAAAAGGGUAUGUGUUUUUUGUGGAAGGAAUUUAGGUAAUAAAAGGAUCUUCAGUGAUGCUGCUCUUGAUCUUGGAAGACAACUGGUGGAGAGAAAGAUGGAUUUAGUUUAUGGAGGAGGAAGUUUUGGGUUGAUGGGUUUAGUUUCUCAGACAGUUUUUAAUGGUGGAUGUCAUGUUCUAGGAGUUGUACCAACAGCUCUCAUCCCACUAGAGAUUUCAGGUCAUACAGUUGGAGAAAUGUUGACUGUAUCUGAUAUACAUGAAAGGAAAGCCGAGAUGGCCAGGCGAGCUGAUGCUUUUAUUGCUCUGCCUGGAGGAUAUGGAACCUUGGAGGAGUUGCUUGAGAUCAUAACCUGGUCUCAGCUUGGAAUCCAUGAUAAACCAGUGGGUCUCUUAAAUAUUGAUGGGUAUUAUGAUGCCUUGCUUGGAUUGUUUGACAAGGGUGUGGAAGAAGGAUUCAUCAAGCCUUGUGCUAGGAACAUUGUCAUUUCUGCAAAAAAUGCUGAAGAGUUGAUCCAAAAGAUGGAGGUACUAAUACAAUUCAGUUCUCAGAUGGUAUAUCAAGAUCAUGUCAAUCUUCUGAUAUCAAUGAAUCCUCUCCUGAAUGUGUUCCUUGCAGGAUUAUAUACCCCUGCAUGACCAAGUGGCAUCAAGUCAAAGCUGGAUAAUUGAUGAAAGAAAUCCAAAUUUGUAGCUAUUUGCUCACUUGUAAUUCUCAUAAUUGAUUCUUUUCAAGUCUAAAAAGGAGGGAAACUGCAAUAUAAAAGAAAAUGAUGUAUUCAACAGGGUUAAUGCUACUUAUGGAAGUAAACUCUAUUGUGAUUGUGAGCCACAUUCCAAAUUUCAUAUUUUAGAUACAUGAUAUUUUGGUGUC